CUUAUUUAAAUUUAGCGAACUGCAAAAGAAUGCCCGAUUCUAUGGACAGUAAUGCAAAGCAAGCGACAUCUAGCGCCAGUAUAUGUGAACAAGUGACCAAUCAUAAAAUGCACACAGUACAAGCUAUGACUGGAACAGGCUCUCCUCACACAACCAGUAUAGAAACACCGCCAUCCCCACCGGUUACUGUACCGCUCUCUACUACCAUGGUUUGUGGGAUUCCAUUUUCAGAUGUUCCCUUGGCUUGUAACAUACGUCAGUUGAGCAAACUCAAACGGUUUUUAUCAACUCUUCAACAGUUUGGAAAUGAAAUUUCACCGGAAGUAGGAGAACGUGUACAUGCUUUCAUCUUGGGCUUAGUGAAUUCUUCAUUAACCAUUGAGGAAUUUCAUCAGAAAGUUCAAGAUGUUACAGGUUAUCCUCUUCGUCCGUUUGUUAUUCCGUUCCUGAAGUCUCAUUUGCCAAUGCUACACUCCGAGAUACUACAUUUUGCUCGGCUAGCCAAACAGACACCACAACAAUAUCUAAGACAGUACGAACAAGCCGUUUUGGAUUCAGCAGCGCAUCCUAGUGGAGAACCUUUUGAGAUAUUCCAACUAGACAGCAAAGAAAAUAGGAAAAGACGAACACCUUCUGACAGUGAUCUUAGGCGACCAGUUGAAAGUAACGGAUAUAGCGACACCAGCUCCGAAGGUCCUUAUCCAACUAAACGCCAUCUCACGUUACCGAACCUCAACAUUGGAUCUCGACUAAGCCCUGCAGUGACAGCCAAUCACGUGCACUCUAACAUUAGCUUUAGGUUCGACGAUUCUUCUGUGUUCAGAAUGAGAGAAAGAGAUCGGUAUGAGAGAUAUGAACGAACCUUUCAAAGAGAAGUAUCAGAAGAACGAGACAUGGAAGAUGAAUGGAGAAACAUUCAUACCAUGUUGAAUUGUAUUCUGGGAAUGGUGGACAAAACAAAACGAGCCCUAGCGAUCUUACAACAACGAAGUCACGUUGAAUGGAACGAUUUCUCCCCAUGGACUCGAAGACAUUUAGAAGUUGGGGAAUUUGAUAUGAAAAAAUCAAACAAUGAUAUUUUGACUCGUUGCAAGUCGGCCGAGGAACGUGUUUCUGAGGUUCGCAGGAGAGCUGAAGAAGCUGUGAAAGAAAUGAAACGUCAGGCUGUCACUGAACUUCAGAAAGCUGUUUCUGCAGCAGAAUCUAAAGCCAACGAAUUGCUUGCAGUGGAAAGAACAAAAAUGGAGAGGCUUAUAUCAGAAGCAAGACGACAAGGAUCAGAAGAGGCCUUGGCUUCUAUUAAUCAGCAAGAAGAUUCUACAGAAAAUUGCUGGAACUGUGGAAGAAAGGCAAACGAGACUUGUAGUGGGUGUAAGGUAGCACGAUACUGUGGUUCAUUUUGUCAACAUCGAGACUGGGAAAGCCACCACAAAAUUUGCGGAAACAACAUCAGCGGAUCCACUCCUAUCACCACCAUUUCUUCUGAAACCUCCAAGGUCGCCAAGGCCUCGACCCCGACUAAUGAUCAAAAUAGUCCUAGCCCAAAAACAAUGAAUAGAACUGAGAAACAGGCCAACAUCUGAUGGCAAGAGUUUAGUGUAAGUUAAGAAAUAUAAAAAUGCUUACUUGUGUAAUAUGAUAAUACUGAAUAUAAACAUUAGCUCAGUGGAAUGAAGUGUCGGAGAAAGAUUUAUAAUGUAUGUUAAUACAUGCUACAAUGACAGUGCAUUUACACGUUAAAUUGUGUACAUACAUUUGUAUAGAUAGGUUUCGUGGGCUAUCGCGGUGACAUGUCAUGUACUUAGUCAAAACUAUAUAGUUAUUCAGAAAAAAUGUAUUGGAAGCUUUUUGAAGUUUAUAACAAGAAAUGCAGACAAAGAUUGCAUAUCGGAAGUGGCAUUGAUGUCUGCUAACAAGAACUGGUACAUUAUUCUUUAUAGUUAACCACUUUCAAAAUUAUGCCCCCCCCCUCCGUGGCACAGCGGUAUGUCUGCUGAUUUACAACGCUAGAAACCGGGUUUCGAUACCCGUGGUGGGCAGAUCACAGAUAGCCCAUUGUGUAGCUUUGUGCUUAACUACAAACAAACAAUUCAAAACUACACAAGCGCCACAUAUACCUUUUCUGCACAGUUGUUGAGUAUAUUGGUUUAAUAGUGUAAACAUUAUUAUUCGCAUGUCAUAUUAAUUUUUGUGCUUCCGUAAAAAACUCACGACUUGGAUAAAUUAUUGUACAAUAGACAUACGCUAUAAAAAUAAACACUUAUAUCUUGCUUGGAAUUUUAUAAAGGCCAUUUAUUUAAAGUUGAGCUUAAACCAAUCAGAAAAGCUGACCGACAUGUGACAUAAGAGUACCCCUGUCCUUGUAGAUAACGCAGAAGCAUAUUAUUAUUAAUGUAGAAUUUGUGGCAAAAUUUUCAUUAAGUGUUUCUUACAAACAUUUGCAUGUAAAUAAAAAAAUUCUUCAACCGCGUAUAACUAGAGAAGUAAUCGAAAAAAAACUAUAUAUAUAUAUUUAUAUAUAUAUAUAUAUUAGGAAACUUACUUUUUCCUCUUUUUAUAUAUGCUUCAAAUAAGUUCUUUUAAUUCCAUUUACCUAGCGGUUUGAUAUUGAUUAAGUGUAAAAUAAAUAUAAACGCUCGUUAUUUUUAUAUUUCAUUAAUAUGGUCAACGAAGACCACCGAAAACUCUCCAACAGUUUGUCUUAGAGCAAAGCCGCAUUGGGUUAUUUACCACGGAAAGUCGAACCCCGGCUUUUAGUUUUGCAAGUCCGUAAACCUACCGCUGUCCUACUAGGCGAUCUCUUUGACAGAAUAUGAUACAAUCGAUAAUCUAGUUGUAAAACCUCCUAUCUUGAAACAAAAAACAUCAUAUGAUUAACUUCAUGUAGCUAUUUAAAUUAAACUCCUUUCAUUUUAUAUUGAAGCUAUCAGAAUUUUCGUACUUGUGAAAUUCCACCUCAAAUGUUUAUACCAAAUCUCUAAUGGCUGAUCGUAGAGUACAUUAUUUGUUUCUGCAAGCCACACGAGAGAUAAUUUAUUUGUUUUUUUCAAAAAUAGGUUUAGUUUCUAAGCAUUAUUUCACUGACUAUUAAUUACUAGUACUGCUAAUUCAAUUUGAAAUUCUGGAGCUGCCAACAAUACGUUACAAGACAAGAAAUAAAGUACGCUCUGUGAUUGAUGUUAUGUUCCAGUGUAAUGACAGAGUUAAUUAAAAUAUUUAAAUCAGCAUUAUUAUAUAUAAUAGUGAAUGUCGUUGCUAUUAUCGUAGUGCACGAUACAGAAGAUAAUUAUUUUAUAUCUUUGAAUUAGUUGUAUUAUGGAACGUUAUAGCAAGAAUUUUUUACUGCAUGUGUAAAUAUAUCAUUGAAAGCUAUAUUGAUAAUACGUAGAAAUGAAGAGCAAAGACAGUUUUGAUGUUUAGCCUAUUGCAAAAGUAAUAACCCAUAUUAAAUGAGAAUAUUACGUAUUUCAAUUUGAUAACCAAAAUGUAUUUUGUUUAUUAUCAUGUUCAAAGUGUUAAAUGUAAGGCCAUAACACGCAGUAUUAAAAUUCACUUAAAAAUAUGCCCUUCAAAUUUACGGUGCAAAUGGAAGUGUCUCAUCUAUGGAACUGUAAAAAAUAAAAUGUAGUUGUAUUAAAAGAUGUUUUAUUUCUUUUGGGUUAGUUAGCAACUGAACAUAAUAUUAAGAAAUCACUAAGUAAACGUUUAUAAAACCAACAAUAAAGAAACAUGGUUUUAUGAUCUUGAGACUGUGUAUAACAUGUAAAGUGUAUAGUUUUAUGUCUCUGUAGUAGGGCUAAACUCGUACUUGUUACAUAAAAAUAACGUUCUGAUAACUAUAGAUAUCCGAAAGAUGAUCCAUGAAAUGGAACUUUUGUCUGCAAAGUGAGCCUUUCAUUUAUUUAUUGAAUUAAAAUGUGAGUUGAUAAAUGUA